AUGCGUCUCCUACAAACUCUUCAUUUUCUUGCAGCAACUACGCUGAGUAACGCUGCAGCCGAACCACUUACACGGCGGCAAACCUCCUCUAACACUGCUGUUGUUGAUUUAAGUGUUAAUCGUGGGCAGCCGAAACAUUUGGCAUCUGGUUUCAUCUACGGUAUUCCUGACAAUGAAAACCAGAUUCCAGACCACUGGUAUACAAACAUGGGAUUUGAGUAUAAUCGAGGGGGCGGUGCCCAAAUGGGUGCGCCAAAUCGUGGCUGGAUCUGGGGCUUGAAUGAGUACAAAGGCCGGUUUCAGUCAACACUGUCAAACUAUCAAGUCACCGUGCGCCAUGGAGGCACUUUUAUCAUCUUACCCCAUGACAUUUGGGGUACUGAUAAUGCCAAUUCCUCAACACACUGGCCCGGUGAUAAUGGGGACUGGUCUAGCUAUGAUGCUUUCCUCAACCAGCUAUUAUCAGAUAUCAAGGCCAAUAACAUGGUAGAUCAUACCGUGUUCGACAUCUGGAAUGAGCCAGAUAUCUCCAUUUUCUGGGCUCGCUCUGCUGCACAGUGGGUUCAGCUCUAUGUCCGAACACAUCAACGCAUUCGGUCUGAUCCUGCGCUGAACGGUAUGCUGAUCUCAGGUCCAACGCUUGCAUAUCGGCCAGCAUCUAGCAACAAUUGGUGGACUAGUUGGCUGCAGGCUAUAAAAUCCAACAACACAGUACCAGAUCAGUAUGCAUAUCACCUUGAGGGAGGAACAACGGAUGUGGACAAUGAUCUCCAGACCAGUAGCCAAACCCUUUCGACCUUACUAUCGCAAUACGGUCUACCCAGUCGGCAAAUCAAUAUCAAUGAGUAUGCAAACACCAACGAGCAAGUUCCCGCUGGUGCUGCCUGGUGGAUCUCACGAUUUGAGCGGUACGAUGCCAUAGGCCUGCGAGGCAACUGGCGUGGCGGCUGUGUGCUACAUGAUCUCUUCGCUGAUCUACUCACAAAGUCCUCCAACCCCAACUCCUGCGGAGCUACAGACUAUGCACCAGCCCCGGAAUAUCCAGUAUACCAGUAUUACAACCUCAACAUGACUGGUCAUCGUGUUUCGACAAUAGGCACAGGUGACCGAAAAAUGGAUGUAUAUGCUACUGUUGGUAGCGACGGCGUUGUACGUGUGCUGUGUGGCGUCCGUAUUACCACGGGGACUUGGUAUAUCACUAUUGAUAACUUGAGCUCUGUCGGUCUUCCCACGUCUGGAAGCCUUGCUAUUCAAACCUGGGGCUUUCCAGGUGGCAGUAGCGUCUUCUCUGUAGCACCUGGUCUCCAGAACAAGGGCAUUGUUUCCCACACAUACUCUGGAAACUCAGUUACCUUUGCCAUCUAUCAAACCGACAGUUCUACUGCUUGGGCUUUUGAGUUCAAAGCGGCCUCAGGUUAG